CGGAGCCGGAGGAAGCUCAGCUAAGCGGGUUUGCCGUUGUUUUAUUCGUGUUUGGGUGGACAUUUGGAAACGCGACAACUCGCGUUAUAUUGUCAGAACAACGGGGAAAAAUACCAAGGCCCCUUAAAGGCAUGGAUGCAAGUGAAGAUCAGAACACAGGCUCCACCAAUGGAACUGCUCAGACCACUGGAAACUCCCGCCCACCUCAGAUCGCCCACAUGUCUCUCUAUGAGAGACAAGCUGUGCAGGCCCUCCAAGCACUGCAAAGACAGCCUAAUGCAGCUCAGUAUUUUCAGCAGCUCAUGCUGCAGCAGCAGAUCAGCCAUGCCCAACUCCACAACUUGGCUGCUGUCCAACAGGCCACACUUGCAGCUAGUCGUCAGUCCAGUUCUCCGAGUAACAGUGUGUCUCAAGCCACCACCACUGUUAACCUAAGCACCACCACUGGAGGAGGGACCAUGACGAAUCCCCGCCCCCUUGGCCCUGCCACUUCUGCAGCAACGACAGCUGUCAACCAAUCAGUGUUGCUGGGUGGGAACUCGGCAGGACAGGGGCAGAUGUAUCUUAGGGUCAACCGCUCCCUCAGGGCUCCCCUUGCCUCCCAGCUCAUCUUUAUGCCCGGUGGUACAGCAACAGCUGCCGUAGCGACAGUUGCCCAGCAACAGCCUCAACAACAGCAACAACAACAACAGCAACAGCAAGAAGUCCCUCCUACCUCUGCCAGUGCCCAGUCAGACAAUGAUCAGGUGCAGAACCUGGCCCUACACUGUGCCUCCACUCCUCGAGCAGCUUCUGUCAAGUCAGAGUUCCCAGAGAGGAAAGAUGCUGCCAACUUCUCUCUCGGUCAGCAGCAACAGCAGACUUUUACCCAGGCUGCUCAGCAACAGCAGCCGGUACAACCACAGCAACAACAACAAAUUGCCAAACAGAUGACUAAUUUCUCCCAGCAGCCCACCGCUACAAGUUUGACUGUAAAGACUGGAAACCAGGCCAACUUGAAUGUUGCACCUGCUGCCUCUGUUACUUCUGCCUCCUCCACCUCCUCGCCAGCCUUGCCUCUCUCCCAGUUGCUUCUUUCCCCCUCUGGUCUAUGCCAGGCCAGAGCAGUGACCACAGUUACCCCUGCUGCCACUGUGACACACAUCCUGGUGCCCACCUCAAACGUUCCUACCUCCACACAGGGCUACCCUAUCGGCUCCGUGGCCCCCAAAGCUAACGUCAACACCCAGACCCUAGUUGUCCAGCCCCUACAGCAGGCCAACGCCAACACCACUGCAGACAAAGGCCCUGUUCCCAUCCAGCCCAAAACGGCUCAGGGACACCGCUUACCUGUUCAAAUGACCCCUCGACACCCACCACCCAUUCUCCCAGCUCCACCCACCAGCAGUCAAACCACCACUGGGAGUCACCACCCUCCCCAUAUCCCUGUCCAACUGGUGGGUGCUAGACAGGGCUCAUCAGGAAACACACAAGCUCUGGCCUUGGCCCAGAACCGAAGCAGCUCAGCCCAGGAAAACAUUCCCGGUGGGAGUGUCAACACUGCCUCAAAUGGCAGUGGCGCCACUAUGGCAAAACCCACCGCUGGCUCCCUGAAGAGGAAGUCUGACUCCGAUGCAACCAAUGAGAUGGGAACAGAAUCUUCAGAUUGUGCACCAAUGAGAGAUUCUGCUCCUCCUUUGUCUCCUGCCCCGACAAAGGACUCUGCUCCUCCUGUGACAGCAGCCUUCUCGUCCCCCCCUACCCUGUCUUUGCCUUUGCCCCUGUUGAGAAUGGGCCAUGGGGAUAAGGACAGAGCCCCUGUCCCCCAGGCUGUGGUUAAACCUCAGGUCCUCACUCACCUCAUAGAGGGCUUUGUCAUUCAAGAGGGAGCCGAACCUUUUCCCGUUGCUGGACUUUUAAAGGACAGAGAUUUCGCCAUGGUGGGUCGCUCUGAGAAUGGACCUGCAAUGUUGAAGUGUGAGUACUGUGAGAGCCUUGCUCCAGCCAGUCAGUUCAGAGGAUCCAAAAGGUUUUGUUCCAAGACCUGCGCUAAGAGGUACAAUGUAAGUUGCAGUCAGCACUUUCGGACAAGCAGAGGACGAGCUGGUGCAGGACCACCACCACCUCCACCUCCACCACCACCUGAGAGUGUGGCUAGACGGAGGGGCCCUCCUCGCAGGAGCAGCUCUGAAAUUGCCUGUACUAAAAUAUCAGGCAGACAUCUACCCGUCAAGUGUCGCUCCGAGUCUAGUCGUUCAGAGGAUGCAUCCAGCGACGGAGAAGAGGAGGAAGAAGAGGACGAUUCUCCUCCGCUUUCUCCGAGCUCCUCCCUCUCCUGCCCAAGACCCACUCACAGUGGUCCUCAGACUGACAGCUCAACCCCUGCUAACCUCCCACUGGAUGGGGCCAACUUCCUCCCUGGGAGUCCUGCUCAGUGGAGUGUGGAAGAAGUCUGCAGGUUUAUCUCCUCACUUCAAGGCUGUGAAGAGCUGGCUGCACAGUUUCUUUCCCAGGAAAUCGAUGGCCAGGCCCUGCUGUUGCUCAGAGAGGACCAUCUCAUAUCCACCAUGAAUAUCAAGCUGGGUCCAGCGCUGAAGAUCUGUGCCUCCAUCAACAACCUGCGAGACUGAGGUUUUUGAUUCACCAAGGAUAGAGGAAAGUACCAGAACGUCUUGUCUUUACUGUUGAAUUCUCACUGGAAAAUUUGGAAUCACGGAUCAGUACUUACGACUUGCUCCUCUCUCAAGAAGACACUUUUAAGUUUGAGACCUGUAUGGACAGGGAGGAUAAAGUUUGUGACCUGAUCGGGCACCAUCAAUCAUCUGACAGACAGGAUAUAGAAGUGAAUGUUGUAAAGGCGUGUUAAAGACGAGGAGAAGUAGGAGUAGAUGAUUUGCUUUGACUUUCAGGACUUUGAAUGUGCAAAAAAAUGUUUUAUGUGUAUUCUUAGUGACGUUUGAGUGGUGAACGUAGGCCUCUUGUUAGUGUAGUAUCCACGUCAGAGAGAAAAAGUGAAUGGGUUGUCUUUGUCAUUGUCAAGAGACACACACAUAUAUAUAUAUGUGUGUGUGUGUGUGUGUGUGUGUGUGUGUGUGUGUGUGUACCGUAUGUAUUCUCUUCUGUGCUACUGUGCGAGCCUGGGCGCCUGCGGUAAUCACAGCUCGCUCCGCUAGCCGGGACAGUUCAUCCAUAGGGUUAAAAGAAACAUGGCCUUCUUGCUGUAUUUCAGCGGGUGCUUUAACUGUAGUUUUGUGCGUUGGGAGUGUCAUUAUCAACAAUGGUUCAGUCCAUUCCAAGAUUUGGUUUUAACCACAAGAAUUUUUCUAGCUGAGAAGACAUGCGACACAGGCUCCAGUCAGCACGAGAACACAACACUCAGCCUGUUUUCCUUAGAUUCUCUGUUCUUUUUACCAUUUAUUAAAAUCUACUUUUGUAUUGGGUUUUUUUUUAUUUUGUACUUGUAUCGAAGUUAUUUUAUGGGGGUCGAGAGAGUUUUUCAUGGUUAUGAUGUAGUGAUUUUGAGUAGCUUUAAUUGACUUAACUACCUGAAGAUAGGUAUUUCUCAUGGUUUGCUCUUACAGGGGCUGAAUGGAAGUGCUUUGUCUAUCCGUAUGCAGUACUACCAAUAAAAAAAAAGCCUGUUAAUGAACCUGCGCUGAAACUUUUCCCCCAUAAUUCAUUCAUUCAUUCAUUCAUCUUCAGCCGCUUCUCCGGGGUCGGGUCGUGGUGGCAGCAAGCUAAGUAGGGCACUCCAGACAUCCCUCUCCCCAGCAACGCCCUCCAGCUCCUCCUGGGGGAUCCCAAGGCGUUCCCAGGCCAGACUGGACAUGUAGUCCCUCCAGCGGGUUCUGGAUCUACCCCGGGGUCUCCUCCCAGUUGGACGUGCCUGGAAAACCUCCAAAGGAAGGUGCCCAGGAGGCAUCCUGAUCAGAUGCCUGAACCACCUCAGCUGGCUCCUUUUGACGCGAAGGAGCAGCAGCUCUACUCCGAGCUCCCUCCGGAUGUCCGAGCUCCUCACCCUAUCUCUAAGGCUGAGCCCAGACACCCUACGGAGGAAACUCAUUUCAGCCUGAAAUGAGUUUUUCCAUAAUAUUUCAUGUGA